AUGGCUCCGAUUGUCGCCCGGGACUCCGUUCGCGUCGCCGUGCGACAACCCGUCGUCGCGCUGCUUCUUGCGCUAUCGCUUGCGGCAUCGCCAAUCAUGGUCGCUGCUGACGCGUCAGCGGCUGACGGGACACAGCAUUCACCCGCGGAAACAGCGGAAGCGGCUUCCGCAGCAGCGCAACCAGCGGACGCGGAGGGAGCAGGCGCAACCGGCGCAGCAGCGGAAUCUGCAGCGGGCUCACCAGCGGAAGCGGCGUCGGAAGCGGUAGUGGCGGCGGAUCCCGAGCCGUACUGCGAGGACCUGUCGCGCGGCCCGUUGGUGCGCGAGAUUCGAACUCUGUACCAGGACAGCUACGGCAUGGAGGGCGUGGCGGUGAUCACGCUGGGCGGCAAGGUGCAGCACGGGCUGAAACACGUGGAGGUGUUUAUGAUGACGUUCGCGCCUGGUGCUAAGACCCCCAUUCACUCGCACCCGCAGGAGGAGGUGGUGGUGUUCACGCGCGGAGAGGGCAAGGUGUGGGUGGUGGAGGAGAAGAAGACAGAACCGUCCGCCCAUGCAGUCAAGCGCAACACCACCGUCACCUUCCAACCCAAGGCCCUACACCAGAUUGUGAAUGACGGCAAGGAGGAGCUGCAGCUGAUAGCAUCGUACUCCAAGCCGCCCCACAAGAUGGCGGUGCACGCCACGUGGCAGACCCCCCGCAAGGACGCUGAGAGCGCUGGCCGGGCGACUUGGGACGCGUGCGUGAUGCGAGAGGGCGAGGGGGGUGAGGCGGUGGAGGGGGAGAGAGGGGAGGAGAGGGAGCAAGGGGGUGUGGAGACAGCUGCCAGUGGGGAGGCUGCUUCUAGUGGGGAGGCUGGUGCUGGUGCAGCAGCUGGGGGGAAUGUGGUGGGGGAAGAUGUGACAGCGAGGGCAGAGGAGGAGGAGCUGAGAAGGGACUUAGAGACGGAUGGUGGAAGAGGGGAGGAGGUAGCAGGAUCGUCACAGGAGGUGAAGGAUGAGCUGUAG